GAACAAAGACGUGGAGCUGAAGCCAUUAAAGGCGUCCGAAAAUAUGAGAGAAGAGUCAAGGAGCUCACCUACCAGUCUGAAGAGGACAAGAAGAAUGUGAACCGACUCCAGGAUCUGGUCGACAAGCUGCAAUUGAAAGUAAAGGCUUACAAGAGACAGGCUGAGGAAGCUGAGGAACAGGCCAACUCCCAUCUCUCCAAGUUCAGGAAGGUGCAGCAUGAGCUGGAAGAAGCUGAGGAACGUGCUGAUAUUGCUGAGGGCCAGGUUAACAAGCUGAGAGCCAGGAGCCGUGACAUGGGCUCCAAGGGUAAAGAAGCAGCUGAAUGAAGAUGAAAGAACUCCUCUGAUUCAGAAAUUCAUAAAAUAUGAAUUUAUAUGUGUACUGUAAUACUGUAUCUACUGUGUUAAACACAUCUUUGAAAUAAAAUAGCUCAGCUGUAUCUCUACCAAACCUUACGGCUGUUGUGUUAUUAACUUAAAAGAGAAUUUCCACUAUGUCUACUGUGAUGAAUGUCACUGGACUCAAUGCUUUUAGUGUUCAGUUCUGCAUUUCUAUGACAAUUAAGUCAAAUCAUAAGUGAUAUAGAAGCUGAACGUGAAGCAAACUUCACACAGUGAUUGUUACAAGAUUGAGAUUCUGAUUUUAACCGGCUGCUUUCAUACAGUAGAAUAGGAAAGAGGUCUUUCUCAGUACCAACUGUUAUGAA